AUGCAGCGACUGUGUGUGUGUGCACUGAUCCUCGCGCUGGCUCUGGCCACCUCCUCUGAAGCUUCGUGGAAGCUGCGGGACGCACCCUCAGGUCCAGUGGCCAACAAGGUCCUAGAACCACACUGGCUGGACCAGCUGGUCCCAGCCUCUCACCACCGAAGGCAGCUGGGGCCCCAGGAUCCCCCACACCUUGUGGCAGACCUGUCCAAGAAGCAGGGGCCAUGGCUGGAGGAAGAGGAAGAAGCAUAUGGGUGGAUGGACUUCGGCCGCCGCAGUGCUGAGGAAGGGGACCAGCGUCCCUAG